GGCGCACUUUCUUUCCUCGCAAGAUAGGGGCAAAUCCGAGAAGAACUCAGGACACUGCGGCUUAUCACACUACAUGGCGGCAACGCAGCACAUUGCGUUUUAGAUUGCUGAGAAUUUGUGAGUAAGCCUUGUGCCGAAAAUCUUCUCCAUCGCCAUAUCAAACCUGGUCCCCUCAGUCAAUCGGAGCCUCGUAGAGAGGCAAGUCUUUGAUGAUGGAGAAUGGUCAAGGCACAGGCUCCAAGCUGGGUCUGCCACCCCUCACUCCAGAGCAGCAGGAGGCACUGCAAAGGGCGAAGAAAUAUGCUAUGGAGCAGAGCAUUAAGAGCGUCCUGGUGAAGCAAACCAUAGCUCACCAACAGCAGCAGCUUACCAACCUGCAGAUGGCAGCAGUGACUAUGGGCUUUGGAGAUCCUCUCUCACCCUUUCAAUCGGUGGCAGCACAGAGGCAGCGAGCUCUCGCCAUCAUGUGUCGUGUCUACGUGGGUUCUAUCUAUUACGAGCUCGGCGAAGACACCAUCCGGCAGGCUUUCGCACCAUUCGGCCCGAUCAAGAGUAUUGAUAUGUCCUGGGAUUCGGUCACCAUGAAACACAAGGGCUUCGCUUUUGUGGAGUAUGAGGUGCCUGAGGCUGCUCAGCUGGCUCUGGAGCAGAUGAACUCUGUCAUGCUGGGUGGAAGAAAUAUAAAGGUAGGACGGCCAGGUAACAUCGGACAGGCGCAGCCCAUCAUCGACCAGCUAGCAGAAGAGGCGCGCGCAUACAAUCGCAUCUAUGUAGCCUCGGUGCAUCCGGACCUGUCCGACGACGACAUCAAGAGUGUCUUCGAGGCCUUCGGCAAGAUUAAAGCCUGCAUGCUGGCCCGAGAGCACACCACAGGGAAGCACAAAGGCUACUGCUUCAUCGAAUAUGAAAAGGCGCAGUCAUCAAUAGACGCAGUGUCCUCCAUGAACCUGUUUGAUCUGGGAGGUCAGUACCUAAGGGUGGGCAAAGCCGUGACUCCUCCCAUGCCGCUGCUGACCCCGACGACCCCGGGAGGUUUGCCGCCUGCUGCGGCUGUAGCCGCUGCUGCCGCCACUGCUAAAAUCACGGCCCAGGAGGCUGUUGCAGGGGCGUCUGUGCUGGGUUCAUUGACGUCUCCUGCUCAGCUCCUCAGCCAGCAGAUAGGACUCCCUCAGGCAGUGCUGGCAGCCCAGGCCCCGGGCUUAAUAACAGGUGUCACACCUGUUCGUCCGACUCUGCCCGUCGUGCCUCAGGUGGGCCUUGUAAACCCUGUGCUGGCAUCGCCGCCCAUCACGUCCAUUGCCACAUCGACAGGAACACCGACAAGCACGACUCAGCAGCAGGCCGAGGUUAAGAGGGAGGUGCAGGACAAGCAGCAGGAAAAAGGCGAUGCUCGACCUGACGCUGCAGAGCAGAGGAGUGUGAGCGAGGAGGAGAAGAGCAGAAGCAGUGAGGACAGCCCUGCAGCCACACACUCAGGGUCUACAGUAAUGGUGUUGCGCAAUAUGGUGGGCCCUGAAGACAUAGACGAUGACCUGGAGGGAGAGGUGACGGAGGAGUGCGGGAAGUUUGGUGCUGUGAACCGGGUCAUCAUCUACCAGGAACGCCAAGGCGAGGAAGAUGAUGCCGAGAUCAUCGUUAAGAUCUUCGUCGAGUUCUCUGACAGCGGCGAAAUGAAUAAGGCCAUCCAGGCCCUGAACAACCGGUGGUUUGCGGGUCGCAAGGUUGUGGCAGAAGUCUACGAUCAGGAGCGUUUCAAUAAAAGCGACCUUUCGGCAUAAGACUGACCAACUCUGUCCACCUGCUCAAACUCAUUCAGCCGUCAUCUCUGCUGCUCGAGUUUUGGGAUUCUUUUAAACUUGUAAUUAAUUUUUUUUUUUUUAUUGUGGUCAAUAAUAUUGGGGACAAUCCCAUUUGUGGGGUUUGACUUAGAAAAUACUCGUGCUUAAUGAUUUUUUUUUUUUUUCAUCACCUACUGUGAAAGAUUUUCUUUUUUUCUUUUCUUUUUUUUUUCCCAUGUUCAUUUGAAAUCUUUUCUAAUUCGUCAGUUUGGUUCCAGUGUCCUCUUAUGCGCUGACCCUCCACACACAUUUUGUUUUAAACAAAAAAAAAAAACAAAAAAAAAAAGUUUUUUUUUCAUCAUCACUAAUGUUCUGUUAAGAUUCUAAACAUUGUAUUAGAGUCAUUGGUUCUGGAUUUAUCAAACAAUAAAUUCUUCAAAUAUGCCA